AAGAAGGCCCGGGAGCGGUUCCCAGAGGGCCACUCCGCACCCCAGCCCUGCUGCUUCCCCGGGGUGAAAAUCCUGCCCAUUCCCGUGCUUUCUAACAACUACAGCUACCUGGUCAUUGACACUGGAUCUGGCCGGGCGGCCGUCAUCGACCCCUCUGACCCAUUGGCUGUGCAGGCUGCCAUUGAAGAAGAGGGGGUGAUGCUGGAGGCCAUAUUCUGCACCCACAAACACUGGGACCACAGCGGGGGGAACGCGGCGCUCCGCCAGCAUCACAGCUCCUGCAAGGUGUACGGCAGCGCCCUCGAUGCCAUCCCGGAGCUCACCAACCCGCUUGCGGACAGGGAGAAGGUGAGCGUGGGCUGCCUGACUUUCGAGGCGCUUGCUACACCUGGCCACACCGUGGGCCAUAUGGUGUACGUGCUGGACGGGGGGCCCUUCGGCAGCCCCCCCUGCCUCUUCUCUGGGGACCUCCUCUUCCUCGCUGGCUGUGGCAGGCUGUUUGAGGGCUCCCCUGAGACCAUGCUCGCCUCCCUGGACGGGCAGGGGUGAUGCUUAGGGGUCCAGGGGUCCACAGGCCACGAGUACGCGCUGGAGUGCCUGACCUUUGCCAGCCUCCUGGAGCUGGACAACCCCGCGCUGGAGCAGAAGCUGCAGUGGGCGACGCAGCAGCGCCAGGAGAAGAGGAGCACG